AUGGGGAAAAAAAAAAGGCAAACAAAAAGAGAAGAGAUCUGUAAACAAAUAAGAACUUCUUUUGAUAGUUUGUAUUUUAUCUUCUUUAUAAUGAUCAUUCGAAGGCAACUAGCAACGUUGGCAAAGUCAAGACCAACACCAGCUAAGAAAACAUCCGACACUACUCGUAGAAAAUAUGCAUUUUACGAUUUGGUAUUGCGUACACCUUCACACCCACAGCAUCCAAUAGAAGCAAGCUUAAUGUCUACAAAGGACUUGGCUAAACUAAAAGCUCACACAAAGACAACAUUUGUUGGGAAUUACACUUUAGAUAACUUAUCUGCAGAAGAAAGAAUAGCCAAGGUGUUUGGGGGUAGAAUCAAAGGAGAAGAUAGAAAGGCAUCAAGUCGUAUAGAUCGUGGAGAAUCUCGAGUUAUUGCUGGGAUUACUGUACCUGCAAGACCACCAGAACCGGACAACUGUUGUAUGAGUGGGUGUAUUAACUGUGUAUGGGAACUAUUUGACGAAGAUUUGAAAGAUUGGGACUUAAAGCGGAAACAAGCAGCUGAACGUUUAGUGUCUCAAGGAGGUCGUUGGCCAGAGAACUUUAAUGCUCCAUUAAAAUAUUUGAAAAGAGAAAAUUACCCAGUGUCAUUGGCCAACAAACUGGAUAAGGAAAUCAAGCAGGGCACAGAAGGACAACCAGGAAAGGAUGAUGAUGACGACAGUUGGGGGUCUGUCCCUGUUUCAAUUAGAGUAUUUGCUGAAGUUGAAAAGAAGUUGAAACAAAAGAAAACCUUGGCAUCAAGCUAG